AUGAAAAUUCGAAGAAAUAAACUUUCAACUUAUUUUCAGACAACUGAAGUAUCUGAUAGUGCUACAUGGUCUGUCAAUGAUGAUGCAAGUGAUGAUGAUGAAUCUUCAAUAUCUGUUACUAGUCAUGAUGGAGUUGAAGACGAACAAGACUCAAAGUUUCCAACAACGAGAACAGAUGAUACUUCUGAUGAGACAGAUGAUGUUACAAUCGACGAUUAUCUUGAUCCCACUAGUGACACUUCCCAUCUGGCACUAUCAACAAAAAUAGUGAAAGACUCAGAAACAACAGAAGAUCGUGUAAUUACAGAAACAGUGUUAGAAAAUUUAAAAAAAGAAUUGGAAACACUCAAACGUGCUCGUGAUGAUUCAAGAGAAAAGGCUAUGCUACAACUAAACUCAUCUGAAAAGAGAUCGCAUGAACUCGAAGAAGAAUUAGCUCAAACUCUUCAAAGGACUGAACAAUUGAAUGAUGAACUCAAAAAGCUGAAAAAAAAAGAAGAAAAGAUAAAAGAAAUAGCCAGUACUAUCCAAACAAUUAAAUACAUUAAAAUUGAAAAAAAUAUUUUGUAUGACUUUAUAAUACCAAAACAAGAAUUAAUACUUGAUUAUUUACAAAGAACAAAACAAUUAGAUAAUUUUUUCAUUGAUAAAAUACCAAAAAUGACAUUCAAAGAAAGCGAUAAUACAUUUGCAUUAACCUUGACUGGUAUUCAAGCUCAUCAUGAAGCAUUUAAAGACAUCUUAAAAAGAAUAUUAACUUUGUCAAAUAUAAAACAACGAGCUGUUGAGUUUUAUCAAAGACAUCUCAGACGAAUAACAACAUCAAUAAAUAAAACACUUUUUCAAGUUCAACCAAACACUAAAUAUUGGAAACAAUAUAGCAAAUUCUUAUAUGGAUUAUUAAAAACAGAAAGUGCACAGCAUUGGGCAAAAUUCAAAGAUGUUAUUGGACUCAAAACCUUAGAAUGUAGUGAAUUAUUUAUUCUAGGCGAUUCUAGAUCACCAUGGGUUGAAAUAAGAAAAGCAACUGAUUCGUUUAUGGCAGAAAAUUCAUUAAUAAAUGGAAUUGAACAAAUGAAACGUCAAGCAUUAGACAAAUUUAUUGAACUAAAUAUUUCUGUUCAACGAAUAAAAAUUUCAAUAAAACCGACAAAAGCUUCAAUCAACACUCUCAAACAUUUUAUCGAAAAAAUUAAACGAAUAUUAGAAGAAGAUCAUAAAUAUAUUGGUCACGAGUUAAAGAAUUUUCGUCAUGUCCCACACUUAUUACAACGAUUAAUGGUUUAUUAUUGUUGUUUUACCAUUCAAUUACCUUUAUAUGAAUCAUCAAUUAAACUACUAAAAAAAAUACAGGAGAAUACAGUAAUUACUAUAUCUACAUCGACUGGCUCGGGUAAGGAAAUUACUACUAAGGUUCAUUAG